GCGCGCUUGAGAGGCGGGGCUGUCUGUGACCCGGUUUAGACGUGAAAUCAGCUAGACUUCUGUCUCCAUCGUUUCAGAUUCGGGGAUAGUCUUCGUCUCCAGUGAAAGCCACAGCAAUGUCUGACUGCAGAAGGCAGUGGAACAGGGAGGAUGAGCUGCCGGUCUACCUGGCGGGACCGAUCAGCACCGGGCCGAACCAAAGGAAAAGCUUCGGGAUGUUCAGCUCCGUGGAGGGGGCGUUUGAAAGCAAGACCAUAGACUUCGAAAAUUACGCGGUGGGGAGGAAAGGGAGCCGCACCCCGAGAAGCGGGAGUCGGGAAAGGGUCUUGGAUACAGGUCACCCUAUCGAAAAGACGCCCAGCCAGGUCCGGGAGGGGUCCCUGACUGACUCGCCCGGGGAGACAGACGACGGACGCCCCGGUGUUAAGAUCGGAUAUUCAUCCGGGAAGGAAAGCCCGAAUUGGAAGAGUGAAAGGCUGUUGAUCAAAGGAGGGCGGGUGGUGAAUGAUGACCAGUCUUUCUUUGCAGAUGUCUACAUUGAGGAUGGGCUCAUCAAGCAGGUGGGGGAGAAUCUUGUCGUACCUGGGGGUGUCAAGGUGAUCGAGGUUAAUGGCCGCAUGGUGAUACCAGGGGGGAUAGAUGUGAACACCUGCCUGAUGAAGCCUUACCUGGGCACACACCCUGUUGAUGAUUUCCUCCAGGGCACCAAGGCUGCACUUGCCGGGGGCACCACCAUGAUCAUUGACCAUGUGACCCCCCAGCCUGGGGACAGUCUGCUGGAUGCGUUUGAGUGCUGGCAGGAGGCUGCGGAUAAGAAGGCAUGUUGCGAUUACUCCCUGCACGUAGACAUCCCCCAGUGGAAUGAAACUGUUAAAGAUGAGUUGGAGCUCCUGGUGCACGAGAAAGGUAUCAACUCUUUCCAAGUGUACAUGGCAUAUAAGGACGUGUACCAGAUGUCAGAUUCUGAGUUGUAUGAGGCUUUCUCCUUCCUGAAGCAGCUGGGUGCUGUGGUGUUAGUUCAUGCUGAAAAUGGAGACCUUAUUGCUCAGGAACAGAGAAAAAUCCUCGGAAUGGGGAUCACCGGACCUGAAGGCCAUCCUCUGAGCCGUCCUGAAGAGCUAGAGGCCGAGGCGGUGUUCCGUGCCAUCACUCUUGGCAACCGCGUGAACUGUCCUGUCUACAUCACCAAGGUGAUGAGUAAAAUCCUGACCAUCACUCUCCCACUACCUUACCCUCCAGGUUCUGUAGUUUUUGGGGAGCCAAUUACAGCUAGCCUGGCCACUGACGGUUCUCACUAUUGGAGCAAGAACUGGGCCAAAGCGGCUGCUUAUGUGACCUCUCCACCUUUGAGUCCAGACCCCACAACCCCAGACCACCUCCACACGCUGCUGGCUUGUGGGGACCUCCAGGUGGUAGGCAGCGCUCACUGCACGUACAGCACUUCCCAGAAAGCAAUUGGUAAAGAUGACUUCACCCUGAUCCCAGAGGGAACAAAUGGAGUAGAAGAGAGAAUGGGUUUCGUCUGGGACAAGGCCGUGGCCAUGGGGAAGAUGGAUGAAAACCAGUUUGUGGCAGUCACAUCUACCAACGCUGCUAAAAUCUUCAACCUAUACCCACGCAAAGGCCGGAUAGCAGUGGGCUCUGAUGCUGACAUUGUAAUCUGGGACCCUAACAGCGUCAAAACCAUCAGUGCCAAAAACCAGCAGUCGGCUUCAGAAUACAACAUAUUUGAGGGUCUGGAGUGCCGUGGGGGUCCAGUGCUGGUGUUGAGUCAAGGUCAGGUGGUUUAUGAGGAAGGCAAGCUGCAGGUUCAGCAGGGUACCGGUCGAUUUAUUCCCCGCAAGCACUUCCCAGACCACGCUUACCAGCGUGUUAUGUUCAGGAACCAGAUGAAGGGAAAGGAGGGCGUUACUCGUGGGAUGUAUGACGGCCCUGUGUAUGACGUGGUCCCAACCCCCAAAUAUAUUACUCCUGCUCCAUCGGCCAAAAGUUCACCCACCUCUCACCAACCACCACCAAUGCGCAAUCUUCACCAGUCCAACUUCAGCCUGUCAGGGGCACAGACUGAUGACAACGUCCCUCGUCGGUCUGGCCACCGCAUUGUAGGACCCCCCGGUGGUCGCUCCAACAUCACCAGCCUUGGCUGAACAAAGUGUGGUUGUGGGGUUUCACCUCUUGAGUGUGUGUGAGUGUAUGUGUAUGACUGAGAGUGCGAGCACACUGGCAUGAAUGAAUACCUUUGUAUUUUUUUGGUACAAUGGUGACAUGCUCUUUUGAUUUGUAUCAGUUUGCCUUGAGUCCAUGGUCACAGAGAAGAAGCACAUUAAUGCUUCCAGUAUUAGAAGAGUGUGAUUUACAAUCAAUCAAGUCGUUCAGAAAUAUGAAAAACUCACAGACCCACAAUUGGGGCACUCACUCACACACAUAGAUCUGGUGUUAGACCCCCUCCAAGCACCCAAAUGUGACUUCAGUGUUAUGUCAUAAUGUUAUCUCCUUUACCAUGAGCAUGACUUCCUCCUUAUUCUUCCUCAAAGUCCACGUCUUACUGUGUGGGUCUCUUCAGACAUGGUGCUCCUUUCCACCCAUCUGGUGGACAGCUGAAGAAAUAACAGAUGUGUCCUGCAUCUGUUUUUCAACAUCUUGGCAAUAUUUGUUUCAAUGUGGCUCAAGUGGAUCAGUUAUACAUAUUGCAUGAACACGUCUUUAGAUGUUGCACUACUUGUGGUUUAUUGUUACACUUGAGGAACACUUAUAAUUGUACUCAAGGCACAGUUGUAUUCAACAACACAAACAUAUGCUUAUACUGGUAAAUAUAUGCUUUGAACACAAAAUGACAUACACUGUGGAUAAAGCCAGCUGUUACUAGGUUCAAAACACAUAUAUUCAUUUUAACAUUACUGUGAACUUCAAUAAAAGCAAUGCAACUUCCUCUCCACCAUCAGAUACUAUUAUGCAAAUGUGUCAAUACUCUAUAAAGUGUGAAAGUAGAUGAAACAAAUACAAAACAGCUGCUGAAAAGGAAUGCAAAAUGAAUUUCUAGAUGGUUGUACCUCCACAAUAGAGUGUCACAGUAAAGACUUUAUGAUGUGUGUGAUAGUUUUUUCUGCCAAUCGCUCAUGCCAGAAAUAGAUCUUUGUUGUAAUGACAUGCUCAACUCACUGCUGUAUAAGGGCUUCAGCUCCCACUCCUGCUGUUUGAAAUUUCACUGAGAAUCUUUUUAAGCUGUUUUUAUUUCAUUUUAUUGAUUCUGGAUGUUUUCUUGGUACAGUUAGUGUUUCUCUACCGCUCUGUUUUGUUGCUGUUGUCUGGUGUCUCCAAUGGAACCACUAAUGAUCAAUAAAGACUUGACUGUUGCAAAAUA